GUGUGGAAAUAAUAUUCACGAUGGCUCCAGGUCGACGCGCGCCCGAUGUGAAGGACCAAAUAUCCAAACGACGAAGAAAAAAUGAUUAUUCAUUAGAAGAGGAAGCCGAAGACAGCGGUGAAAGCGAUUCGGGUUCAGGGUCAGGAGAAGACGACGAUUCCUCCGACGAAGAGGGCAACGAUGGGGACGAUGGGGAUGAUGACAAAAUACAUCGCCAGAAUAUGGAUCAGGCGGAAGCCGGUAUCAUCGGCAAGAUCACCAUGAAGAAUUUCAUGUGCCACGAGUACCUGGAAGUUCCGUUCGGUGCGUGCAUCAACUUCAUUACCGGAGGCAACGGGAGUGGAAAGAGCACGACGCUUACGGCUUUGUCAAUCUGUCUUGGGGCCAGUGCCAAGUCGACCAAUCGGGGUAAAAAUCUGAAGGAGCACAUCAUGUGGGGCAAACAAAAGUGUACUAUCAUUGUAGAGCUUACGAACGCUGGAGAAGAUGCUUUCAAGAACGAAAUCUACGGCGAUAUCAUCAUUGUUGAAAGGACGAUCUCGCAAAACAGCGCCAGUGGUUACAAGCUGAAGAGUAGUGAUGGCAAGGAAGUGAGUAGGAAAAGAGAUGAUCUGCAGGAGAUCUUGGAUUUCUUCACAAUUCAGAUUGACAAUCCGGUGCAAAUUUUGACACAAGACAACAGUAAAGAAUUCCUGUCCAAGGACGAUCCAGUUGAAAAAUACAAUUUCUUCUACAAGGCCACAUCUCUGAUGCAGCUUGCAAAUGAUUACAGUAAAAUCAAGGAGACUGUGAACAGCUUGGAAAUCUCCGGAGAGGAGGCUAAGCAUACCUACGAUCGGGCCAAGAAGGAACUGAAACGAGCAGAGGAGAAGGUUAAGGCCGCCACUGAACUACGAAAAAAACAGGAUGAGAUAGCACGGCUGACUGACGAGUGGGCCUGGGCUAACCAUAUUGAAGUCAAAACUGAAUACGCAACUGUGGAGAAGUAUAUCUCAGAACUGCAAGACACGAUCCCGGAGAAGCAGGCUCUGCUGGGGCAGUGCGAAAAGAAGAAAACCACGCUUCAAAAGCAAAAAAAGAAGCGAUUCGACGUGGCCAAUGUAUUGGCUGGACAGCGUGAUGAAAUGCUGCAGCGGAACCCACAAAUCAUAGCACAGCAGAAGGAGAACAAGAAGAAACUCAGGGCUUUGCACGCUGACGCUGCUAACAUCGAGUCAGAGAUCAACGUCAUGAAAAGUGACCAGGUCAACUACGGGAAGGAGAUUGAGAAGGUGAGACAACGUAUGCAUCAGAUCAAGCCAGAGCGCGACCCAGUGGACCACAUAAUCGCUGAAAAAUUGGAUCAAGUCAAUCAAAUAAAACAAGAAGCCGCCAAUACCAAAGAGAAAAUGGAGAGCCUGCGAUACGAUACCCGGGAUGUUGAGUCCAAACUCGAAUCCCUCACUGGUCAAAGAAUGCAAUUGGAUAACCAGCGUAUAAAGGUCAAGAAUGAGAUGAGAAACCUGAAGGGCGCCCUGAAGGACAACGUUGAGGUGUGGGGUGAAGGCAUUUCCCAACUGAUCCGAUUGAUAGACAAGAACACGAAAUUUUUCGAGAAGAGACCUGUGGGACCUUUAGGUGCAUUUGUGGCUGUCAAAGAAUCGGAAUAUAAUAUCGCACUUGAGGCCUCAAUGGGAAAGAAUAUGAGCACCUUCCUUAUAAACAGUCAUAGGGAUGCUCAUGUCAUGAACCAGUUGAUUAAUAAGGUUUACACAGCACAAAGGUUCAGGGGCAAGAAGAAGCCGCCACUGAUGAUCGCGAAGUUUGCCGACUACAGAUACAAUACCAACACGACUAGAGCAAAAUGCAGCUACCCGACGAUUAUGGACCUCAUUGAAGUCGAGAAUACGCAAGCAUUCAAUGGGCUAUUGGAACUCUCGAGGAUUGAGCAGACCAUCAUCUGUCCAUCACGACAGGAAGCGCAAAUUGCUGCACGACAUAACUACAAAAACGUGAAGGACGUGUUGGACAUCAGUGGGGCGCAAAUCACAGACGAUUCGUACAUGUCGAACUAUAAGCCACAACCACCGCGAUUCCAAAUGGAUGUCGCGGGAUCUAUCGUCGAAUGUGAAAAUGAGAUGCAGCGGCUGAAUGCGCAAGUGCAGACAGUGGAUGAACAGAUUAACGUGCUCAAACGUGACUUACAAGGAUUGUCUCAGAACGGAAAACAUUACAAUACUCUGCUCCGGAAAUAUAACAUCCAGAUUCGUGAUAGUCAGAUGGACCUGGAAGGACUAUACUCUCAGAAACAAGAAAUGGAGAAGCCUGAAGAGGAAGAGCAGUUCGAGCAGAUCAUUGAGUCGUACGAGAUAAAGAUCGGAGAAUUGAAUGCGGACAUUACCGUUCAGAAGGAAAGACUCGAGGAGAUUCGGGAGAAAUACCACAUCCAAGCAGAGGCGAAUAAAGUAACAACAGCGAAGGUUGCCAGGAUGCAGGAUGAGGACAGGGAAAUAAAACAGAGAGUCGAUGCAGCGAUAGAGGAAGUCCGUGAACUCGGCCAACAGAUUGACAAAAUUCAUGCAGAGGCAGAGCAACACAAGCAUAGCAUAGCAGAGAUCGAGGCAAAAAUCGCAGAGAUGAGGGUUGAGGCUGAGCAAUUGCACAAACACGUGGUCGCUUCAUAUGAGCAGGCGAAGGCAGCGUGUCCCGAAGAAUUGACACCAAAUGAUGAAGCGAGUGUUUUGGAAACCAUGCUCCUCGGCAAGAAGAAGUCCUUGGAUCGCAUGGAACGAGAUCAGGGUCGAGUGGAAGACAUCGAAAAGGCGCUUGUAGAUGCACGAAAGCGACACGAUGGCAUCGUCCAAUCCUUCAAAGAGGGCAAGCGUUUGAGCAAGAUGCUGAGCUACAUGUUGCAGCAACGUAUGGAGAAGUUUGCCAGUUUCAAAGCCAGUCUAAAGGCGAGGGUGAAAUUAAGAUUCACACAUUUGCUAGGCCAGCAGAAGUUCCGCGGGCAAGUGCACAUCAAUCACCAUAAGAAGCUGCUGCAUAUCAAAGUUGAGCCAAAGGCUACUGAAAAUGAGAAAACCCGUGAGACUAAAACGCUUUCAGGCGGAGAGCGCUCCUUCAGUUUGGUGUGCUUCCUGAUCGCUGUGUGGGAUGCCAUGGACUGCCCCUUCCGUGCUCUGGACGAGUUCGAUGUAUUCAUGGAUAUGGCCAACCGUAAGCUUUCCAUGGAGCUGCUGGAGCAAGUCGCUAUGCAGAUGAAGAACAGACAGUUCAUCUUUAUCACUCCUCAAACCAUGCAAGGUCAAAAGCAAGGGAAAUACAAACGCAUCACCCGCAUUGCGCCACCGGCCCGCGGACAAGCCCGUCUGAACUUCCCCACGACUGCUUAAUAUGACAUACUUUAAUAGUCACGACAUAUGCGCACAGAAGACGCGGCUACAUAGCCACAUAGCAGGGUAAGCGCAUAUGGUCACACAUCCUGAAGUCAAUGCGUGCGGGUAAACAGCUUACAAGCAAGGCAUCGCGCACAGUCCAAGGGUGUACGCAGGUACAUGGCUACUAAGCGUGGUGGCAUGAAUGAUUGCUAGCAAGUGCUGCAGAUAUGUUACCAAAUACAUCACCUAGCGUGAUGUAACCUUUCUAUCACUCAACCUACAAAUGUGGGUGGCUACUCACAACUCAACUCCUAGCUGACCACACUCUGCCAAAAGCCUAUCACAAAUACGCUGCAAUUGUCGAGGCAGCUACUUGAGGCAUUUGAAAUUCGAAGUAUUUUUCCGAUGUCACUACCGCUUGGUGUACAUUAUUCUGGCAAACUUGGCUAAACUUGCAACUUAAGUAGCUUCUGUGGAGUUUCAGCCUGUAUUCCGUAUAGCUUCCGGAUUGUACGGCCUCGCAGCUAGGCUAUACACGUCUGCUUCCAGGCGGACAACUGAGAAUGCAGACAUCGGAACUCAUGUAUACCACGGUAAUCCCGAUGUUGGACAUUUGCAUAUACAUCUCUCUACAAGGCUUGUGCCUACACAAUUUUGUACAAUGUUAUACCUACACAUCCUGG